AUGUAUCCUCUGACGCUUCUAAGAAUAUCAAGAAAUAAAAUAGUAGAACUGGAACUGAAGAAUAAUGACCAUUUAAGAGGAUUGCUUUAUAAGUGCGAUAUGGCUAUGAACCUUCAUCUUAAGAGUGUCACAAUUCAGAAAGAGGAUGGAAGUUCCAUCUUCAUCAAUGAAUGCUACUUAAAAGGAACAUCAAUCAAGCUUGUGAAGCUGGAAUCAAAAAUCCUUUUGGAGCAGAAAGAAGAGGCUGUAUCUAAUAAAGCAUGA